AAAGAAAAUAAAAAAAAAUAGAAAAAAAAACUAAUAAAAAUAGUAAGAAAAUGGAAAGUGAUAAAGACUUACAAAUAUCUUCUAUUCAGCUUGAACCUAAUGAAAAUGAAGAGAAAACAAAAGAAGAUAAUGAAAAUGAAGAACAUGAAAGUAUUGAAAUUGAUAAAUAUAGUAAUAUUAAAGAAAAUGCUGUAUUUAAAAUGGCUGAUAAUAUUAUUGAAGAGGUUCAAGAUGAAGGUAUUGAAGUAACUGAAGAACAAACAUUACAAGAUAUGAUUUUUAUGUUACAAGGAAUUCCACCAUUACAUUUAUUAAAAAAUAAUAAAUUUCCUCCAUUAACACAAGAGGUUGUUCCAUUACUUUCUGAAGUAUCAAAAUUAUUAAUUAAAUUGAAUAACAAAAGAGUUUUUUUUAAUCCACAAAGUUUUGUACAACGUUCAGUAUGUUGUACAGCGAAUGAUAUUAUUAGUGAAUAUUAUCAAUACAUUGCACACAUUGAUUCAGAGUUACAUCAUUCUGAAAUGAUUACAAUUCUUGAUAUGUAUCGUCAUGGAUUAUGGUGUAAAGAUAUUAUCAUUACAUUAACUGAUAUUAUAGAUCAAUGUAUGUUAGUUAAAGGAGGUCAAUUAUUAACAUACCUUGAUGAACAAACACAUUCUCCAUAUCAAACAAGAAAAAAGAUAUGUAUAAGAAUGUUACAGAAUGGUACAAUACCAAUUUAUAAUAUGAUAUAUGAUUGGGUUCUUCAAGGAACUUUUAAUGACCCUUUUCAUGACUUUUUCUUAACAUUAAAAUCUACACCAUCAUUACUUGAAACAACUUAUUUACAAAAUCAAUUAGUUCCUUCUUUUCUUAAUUCUUAUAAAAAUGAUAUUAAAUUUGUUGGUGAAGCAACUACUUUCUUACAAAAAGAAGGUGAAGAUAUUUCUGAUUUAAUUUCAAUAAUUGAAUCAAAUAAAAAUGAAUUCACUAUUUCAUCAUCAACUUUACCAUCAUUAAUUCAUUCUUUAAAUACAUUGGCACACCAAAAAGCAGUAAAAUUAUUAACAGAAAAAUAUACACCAUUAAUACAUACUCAAAAUAUUAAACAAUAUAUAUUACUCUUUAGAGGAGAUUUUGCAAAUACAUUUAUUGACUCUUUGUCUCAAGCUUUAGUUAACGGUCCAUUAAGUCAAGUUGAUUUAAAUUCAUAUUUUCAUGCAGCAUUAGCUGUGACAAAUACAAUCCCUGAACGUCUUCAUUGUAUAUGUAAAGGUCAAGAAGUUAAUCAAAUAGAAACAGAUAUUUUACUUCAUUAUGAACUUCCUGAACCAUUACAAUUAAUUAUUACUGAUAACCAUAUUCAAAAAUAUAAUGAAAUUUUUAAGUUUCUUUGGAAAAUUAAAUGUAUGUCAAUUUCUAUUGAUAAAGCAUAUCGUAAUAUGUUUCCAUUUUUUAUUUUGGCUUCUCAAAUAAAUGGACUUCCAUUAUUUUUACAUCAUUUUAGAAUUAAAUUUGGAGAAUGUGCAAAAUUUAUGGAUGCUUUAGAAGAAUAUGCGUAUGUACAUAUGAAAGAAUGUUAUGUUCAUUUUGAAGAUGCAUGGAAAUCUGCUGUAGAUCUUUAUGGAUUAUCAUCUAUUCAUGGAGCAUAUGUCGAAGAAAUAUGUAAAGUAUUAUAUAUAAGUAAUGAUAAAGUAAAUACUAUUUUAAAUUCUAUCAUUGGAUUUAUUUCUAAUGCUGUAGAAAAAUUAAAUGCAUUUAUUGCUAUCAUUUCUGAUGAAAUUUAUCGUCAACAAUUUAAUAAACAACACAUUUCUCAAUUUUUAUCGACUUUAAAAGAAAUGGAAGAUCGUGUUAAUCUUGAAUUAGAUAAUUAUAAAGCUUAUUAUAAUCAAUUUAUAAUGGCAAUAGCUUCUGCUGAUAAUAAACAAACCCGUUUCUUAUUACGAAGACUUAAUCCAGAACGUUAUAAUCCACCUGAAAUUUCUGAAAUUGUUGCAAUGGAUGAAAUGGUUUAA